AUGAGUACCAAUAAUUUAAACAUAGAAAGUUUGGGGGAAGAUAUCUUAGUUAAUAAUGUAAGUAAAUAUUUAACAAGUGAGGAGAUACUCGAAUUUUUCAUUUUGGAUAAACACUUGUACAACAUCUUCACCAAUUCAUUUUCAAUCUAUAAGAUCCUUUACAAUAAAAAAUAUUCAAAUAAUUUAUAUGAUUAUACCUUAGAUUCAAGUCAAAACUUAAAUUGGAAGGAAUUAUUCUAUCUAAGAAGUAAUAAAUCACAGGAAAUUUUUACUUGGGGUGAAAGUAAUGGAGGUAGAUUAGGUUAUUUAUCAAGUAGGAUUGAUCAAUCUCAUGUUCUGAAAAAAAUAGGUGGUUGGUCAGUUCAUACACCAACUAAUAUAAGUGAUUUUAAUAAUAAUUUAAUAGUUGGUAUAGAAGCAAAUGGGUAUAGUUUUAUUAUAUUAUUAAAUAAUGGAGAAUUAUGGUUUACUGGUAUGGAUUGGAAACGUCCUCAAUUUGGUUUAUCAACUCCUGGUCCAAUAAAUGAAAAAGAUUAUAGACCUAAUCCAGGUACAAUGGCUUUAGCUAGUAUGAAUCAAGAAGCUCAAAAUAGAGAUGAUAAUAUUGGAGGAAGAAGAAGUAUUAGACCUACUCCCCCACCUGGAAGAUUUGGAGUAUUACCAAUUCCUUUAAUGGCUGGAAGAUAUACUGAAAGUAGUAGUGAUGAUAGUGAUAGUAAUGAAAAUGGAAUAACUCCACCACCUCCAACUACUACAACCUCAUCUGAUUCAGCUCAAUCACGAAGAAGACUUCAAUCACCACCUAAAUCGACAACAAAUCGUCAACAAUCUAAAAUUCAAGAAACAAACUUUUUAUCUAGAUUAUACUUACCACCUGGUGAUCAAUAUGCUAAUAGAAAGAUAGUAUCAAUAAGUACCGGUCGUGAACAUAUUAUAGCAUUAGAUGAUAAAAAUAACAUCUAUACAUGGGACACAGGUUGUAAUUCAAACAUUGGGAUUCAUAUAAAUUUUGAAAAUAUCCCAAAAUCAGCAAUUGUUUCUAAAAUUGUUGGUGGUUGGAAUUUAUCAGCAUGUUCGAUUGAUGAUGUGGGAUUGGUUGUUUGGUAUACAAGAGCAAAUUUAACAAAAGAACAGUUUGAUAGACAAGAUUAUAAAAGUAAAGCUAAAUAUGUUAUAUUACCAAAUACAAAUAACAAUGUAAUUGAUUUUGCUGUAGGUGCUGAUUAUGUGUUAUAUAUCAAAAAGCUGGAUAAUAAAUUAUACCAAUUUAGAAUUAAUGCUCAAGAGUUUGCAACUAGAGAUGAUCCAGUUGAUGAUGAAGAACUUAAAAGAAUGACUAAACCAAUGGACAUUUUUAAUGAUUGGAAAACAUCUCAAACAAUCGCAAAUAUAGCAUUCACGAAGUUAAAAAGUUGUUUUACAAAUUUUAUAGUAUUUACAAAUCAUGAUCAAAUUUUAACUGGAUCAAAUGAUCAUUUAUUGUAUUCAGAGUCUGAAAAUGACUCAACAGAUCCUCCUCAACCUAUAAUUAUUCCAGAAUUACAAAAUAAAAACAUUAAAUCAAUAGAAAUUGGAGAUUAUCAUUAUUUAGCAUUAACAAAUGAAGGUUCACUUUUAAGUUGGGGACAAGAAUCAAGAAGUUGUGGUUGUUUAGGUAUUGGACCUAGAGAAUUAGCAAUAUCUGAAAAUCCAAAUCAAGUAAUUGAAUUAGGGAAUAAUAUAGAAGUUAAAACUCCAAUGAAUGUAAAAUCACCUUAUGGAAAUAGAAAAGGAAAAUGGGUUGCAAUUGCUGCUAGUGGUUGGCAUUCAGGUGGAAUUUACGUACCUGAUGAAUAG